AAUAAAGACUAAGAGAAGUUAUCUAGUUUAACAUUUCUCGAUCUUCCUUCCUCUUUUCUAUAAAAGGUUUCGAUGCAAGACUUUAGUACUCAUUAUAAAUUAAAGACUAAAAAAAGAAGAAUUAUAGAGGAGGAUUUAGACACUUUGGAUGUUGACUCUGUGCUUGUAAAUAAGACUAUUAUAAACACUAGUGUAAAGGCAAGAAAACGAAAGAUUAUCGAGGAGGAUCCGGAUACUUUCAGCCCUGAAUCUGCACUUGCUAAUAAGGAGCUUAAUAAUUUGGUGUUUACUUCUUCGAACAUAACUAAUUGCGAAGCGAAAAACACUUUAUUCAACAAGAGAUCGUCUUUGCGUGUUCGCAAUGCUGGUUAUAGACGAUGCUCCCGGUACAGGGAGAAAGGAUUCAUUGUUUUACGUAAUGAACUCAAGCAUAAGAGAGAAAAACAAGGCAUGGCUGUCGAGGAAGAUGGACUGAUAGAAGAAAUUUCAACUGCUUCUGAGCGAAGUGACUAUUUGGAGGAGGAUGACAUUUCCUCCGACGCCUCCCACGAAACUCCUCUGUUCUUCCCGGUGGUCACCUCCUUUGGAGAUCCGAACAAUACGAAAAUUUUUGCGCAGAUGUUAGUUAGCGCAGUCAUCGAUGAAGACUUCCUUUCUUGUGCUUUGGACGAAGAGUAUUUUCAAGUGGCUUGGCGCGCCGUUUCGGAUAAACUUCGGUCACGUCAACAACUUCUUGAUUCUAGUGCGUGGCUACCGUCUUUUAGGAAAGAUCUUCAUGCCUACCCGGAUGCUAAGAGGACAGUGGGCAGAAAUGCUGGGCAUGACUGCGACGCGUGCGAAAGGUCCAACCAUCCUGCCACUGUGACAGUUGUGCUCUCGGGCUGCUCCUACGAUAAAAGCUCCUUCAAAAGUCUACCGGUCGCUGCAGAAGAGAAAGUCUGGGAGUUGGGGUGCUUUUGUGCGAAGCGGUCUUUGCUUUUCCACAAGAUAGUCCACUUUCCUUACCACUGCUAUAAGCGCUUUUACAGAAAAGUAAAAAGCCUGGAGCCUCUCUAUGCGACUUCUGUGGAGCUUGUAGAGCACUUUACUACCGAGCCGAUCAUGGACCAGGUCCUUUCUAACCCUCGAAGAUUCCUUCAUAUUUUUCCCUCCAACCAUGCGCCAUUCCGCCCAGCCCGGUAGAGACCUCGAGGCGCUGAUCGCAUCGGUAGACAAAUUUAUCCACGCUUCGUAAGGACAAAACUUGUGCCAGCUCGCCUUUACUCUCCGACUUAACGUCGAACUGCGUAUUGCCAGGAAACGUGUAGUAAAGCUUUUUAUUUUCCUUUUUUGUGCUUGCGGAGAAGAAAAUGAAAUUAACUAAGUAAUAUUGCGUUGGAAGCAGGAUCCUUAAAUUUAAAAUUCCGCUACUUAUUUCGGCAGUUCCGCGUUUUUAAUUGGUUCCGUA